UUGAGAAUUGAAUCAGCAAGGCGGCCACCCAGGAGGGCUGGCUUGUAGCUCGAUAUGUAUGGAACUUCGGAGAUCAUCGACGCCGCCGCUCCCGUCGACGCUGAGAGGACGGCCUUUCGAAGGACUGAGAAGUUGUACAAGCUCUACAAAACCCAAGCUCCCAAAAGUUGGAAAAAAUCAGGCACAUAGGAAGACAGAUCUCUCUGGUGUUAUUGAUUUCCAUUCCGUUCUCGAAUCAUUCAAACAAUGUGGCACAACUCCUGCUGGUAUCUUCAAGUACGAGUGCAGGAGCUUCAAUCGACCAGUUUUCUGUUUCGAAGAACGCCCAGGUUUUUAUUUCAUUCCUGGUGCACUGACUGAUGAUGAACAAGUGCACUGGAUCAGGGAAAGCUUAAUUAGCUUUCCUCAGCCUCCUAAUAGAACUAAUCACACAGAAGCAUAUGGUCCUAUAUUCGGUUUAUUUGAUGCUGUUCAAAAUAACAAAGUUUUGGUUGAGGCAAAAAGUACAUCUUCAGAAGUUGAUCGUAUAUUGGGUUAUGAUAAAACUAAUUUGAACUCCAAAAGGUUCUCAUUUUCUGAAUAUUGUAUGAUCACAAAUAAUGACGAGUCCUACAAGUCAGUAGCUGCUUCAGUUCUUCUGCGGAAACUGCGUUGGAGCACCCUUGGAUUGCAAUUUGACUGGUCUAAGCGCAAUUAUGCUGUGUCUCUUCCUCAUAAAAGGAUACCCGAUGAUCUUUGCCUUGUUGCAAAAAAAAUGGCAGUGCCUGCUAUGCCUAAUGGAGAAGAGUUUCAGCCCGAAGCUGCAAUUGUGAAUUAUUUUGGUCCAAGUGAUAUGCUUGGUGGCCACCUUGAUGACAUGGAAAAGGAUUGGAGUAAACCUAUUGUAAGCAUCAGUCUUGGAUGUAAAGCUAUUUUUCUCCUAGGAGGCAAGUCUAGGGAAGACAUGCCCAUAGCCAUGUUUUUAAGGAGUGGCGAUAUUGUGCUUAUGGCCGGAGAGGCAAGGGAAUGUUUUCAUGGAGUUCCAAGGAUAUUUUCAGACUCUGAGCAUGCAGAUAAUGUGGAUCUUUUAUCUCAAUUCUCUAAUGAAGAAGAUCUUUGUUUCAGGGAGUACAUCAAGACUUCAAGGAUAAAUAUCAACAUCAGACAGGUCAAUUAGAUACAUUGCAGAACUGAUUCUCACACUGGAUCUUAGAAUUUACAUUGUUGGAGAAGAUUCUUGUUUUAGAUGAAACAUAAAAAUGGUUAUUUCAAAACAAGAAAUUCUUUAUUACCUUGACUUUGUUAGACAUUGCUAGUUUCUAUUGGGAGUAGACUGAUCACUGAA